AUGGCCUCCCCAAAGACCCUGUUGUCUGUACCCACGGCAGCCAUGGCGCUGGGCUCUCCAUCUCCGUCGUCGUCAACGAGCAUGCCCUCGUCCACGGGGAGCGCAUCUUCCACAAGCAGUGCUGCCAGCUCGCCAAGUAGUUCCAACGAGACGAACAGUUCGCCUUUCUCGCAAAACGGUACCCCCGCACUCAUCCUUGCCUUUCUUGCGAUCGGGCUCUUCAUCGGCGGCAUGCUUGCCAUGUUUGGCUUGCGCAGGCGCAUGGCCAUCCGUGGACCGCGGCGCUGGUUCACAAGCGAUCCUCCCCCAGAGGCGCUAUCUGCUGGGUGGGCCGUGGACCUGCCUGAGAUCAUCAACAGGCGCAGAAGUGCAAGGAGAAGGCAGAGAGACGUUGGGAAGAAACCAGACUUGUGGGACGUGUACGCUGCGCGCGGCAGUACCACAGGUCCGCUCUGGAGAGACAUCAAGCCAAUCUCUGCGAAAAUUGUCUGCAAUGAGCGUGCGCAGACCCUACCUUCAUCUGCCAUUAUGCCUCUGCCUCCUGGAGAACCGGGACUGUUCUCCCAUGUAUCUGUCGACCCACUUGGAUUUUUUCGCCGCGGUAGAUCUGCUCCGGAAGCAGCGUCCGCAACUGCCCCUCCAAUCUCACGAUGGAUGGAGAUUGCUGUCGCCGUAGCAAUGCCUACUCCGCACCGUCCCUCGUCCGAGCCUUUCGACUAUACCCUGGGUCUCGCCGUCAUACCCUGGAACAGAGACUUAACGUUGAUCGAGUUUGAAGAUUGCGCUGAGCCACCUUCCUAG